AUGGCGUCGUUAUCUGCAUCCGGGGAAGCCAGCCCCCAAAUUCCCACUGAAACUGCACAAAACGCAAUCAACUCAAAUCCAUUGUCUGGGACAGCUCCCCAAGACGUCCUUGCUGACGUCAACCGAUUUGUGGAAGCCAAGGGUCUUAGAGAUCACCGUGAUGCCUUUCGAAAGGGGGCGCUGCUCGCAAGAGUCCAAAACAUCCCAGAUGCCUACGAAGACAUUGAUCUGCUCAGUAAUGAAGAGAAAGAGUAUAUUCGCUACGAAGUCUCCCACAAGUGGAGGUCUUCGCCUCCUCUCCUCUAUCUCCUCUGCGCUCUGUGUGCUGGAUGUGCCAUCGUACAAGGCAUGGACCAGACGGUAAUCAAUGGCGCGCAGGCAUUCUACUUCAAAGAGUUCGGCAUCAAAGAUCCCCUGAUGCAGGGAUUCCUAAACGGCGCCCCCUACGCCUCCGCCGCCCUCCUCGGCUGCUGGCUCAACGCCCCCCUGAACGACAAGUUCGGCCGGCGGGGGACCAUCUUCGUCUCCUGCUGCAUCGCCGCCCUCACGGGGAUCAUACAGGCCGCGUCCUCGGGCUGGGUGGACUUCAUGAUCGGCCGCCUCGUCCUCGGCAUCGCCGUCGGCGCCAAGUCGAGCACCACGCCCAUCUACGCGGCCGAGUCGGCCCCCAAGGAGGUCCGCGGCGCCCUGACCAUGAUGUGGCAGAUGUGGACCGCCUUUGGAAUCAUGGUCGGGUACGCGGCCUCCCUCGGGUUCCAGAACUGCGACUUCCUGGGCGAGAACUCGCAGUGGAGGUGGAUGAUUGGCGUGUCCUCCUUUCCGCCGAUUGUUGUGGGCGCGCUGGUCUACUUGCUCCCCGACAGCCCUCGCUGGUAUAUGGAUAAAGGGAAUUACAAAAAAGCUUUCGAAUCUAUGAGAAAGCUACGGAGGCACGAUAUACAGGCCGCGCGCGACAUUUACCUGGCACACACCUAUCUGGAAGCUGAGAAGCAGUCAAAGGACGGGAAGAACCUUCUCAAGGAGCUUGCCACCGUUCGUCGGAAUUGGAGAGCCGCCCAGUCGGCGUGGUUCUUCAAUGUCAUCGCCUACUACAGCACCCGGAUCUUCACCGACGCAGGCUUCUCACGAGACGUAGCACUGACAGCCUCGUUCGGAUGCGGCGUGCUCAACUGGCUCGGAGCGUUGCCCGCCGUCCUGACCAUCGACCGCUUCGGCCGCCGCAACCUCCUCCUCGCCACCCUGCCCCUCCUCUCCAUCUCCCUGCUAUGGACGGCAGGCAGCUUCCAGGUGCAGGACCCUCAACUCCGCACGUCCCUCGUCAUCGCGAGCGUGUACGUCUUCAUGUUUAUCUACUCGCCCGGCCUCGGCCCCGUCCCCUUCACCUACAGCGCCGAGGCCUUCCCGCUGCACAUCCGCGCGCUGGGAAUGGCCUCGGCCACGGCGGUGACCUGGGCGCUCAACUUCCUCAUCAGCUUCUCGUGGCCCAAGAUGAUGGAGGCCAUGACCCCCACGGGGGGGUUCUGCUGGUACGGGGCCUGGAACGCUGUCGGCUUCGUGUUCGCCUACUUCCUCGUCCCCGAGACCAAGGGGCGCACGCUGGAGGAGCUGGACGAGGUCUUUAGCGUGCGGAACAGGGACCACGCGCUUUAUUACUGGAGGAGGUUGAAGUAUGGGGUGCUGAAGCUCGCGCGUGUGGAUGUAGAGCCUGUGCCGCCGCUAUACGAGGUCGAAGGGCCGCAGGAACCCAAGCCUAGCAAUGCGUGA